AGCAGCAGGAGCAGGAGGAACAGCAGUAGCAGCAGGAGGAACAGCAGUUGUAGGAGGAACAGCAGUAGCAGCAGGAGGAACAGCAGUUGUAGGAGGAACAGCAGUAGCAGCAGGAGGAUAGAGUUCAUUUCCAACACUUCUCUGGGAAUUUAAAUCGUCCCGAGUUCGAGAGAUUUGAAAUUGACGGACUUUUGGAUCGGGGCCCUGAUCACAGGAGGUCCAGGAUGAAUAAGCUACGGCAGAGUUUCCGGCGAAAGAAAGACGUGUACGUUCCCGAGUCCAGCCGACCGCACCAGUGGCAGACGGACGAGGAGUCGGUCCGCAGGGGGAAGUGUAGCUUCGCAGUCAAGUACCUGGGUCAUGUAGAGGUGGAGGAGUCAAGAGGAAUGCACAUUUGUGAGGAUGCAGUGAAGCAGCUCAAGACGGACAGGAAAUUCUUCAAGGGCUUCUUUACUAAAGUUGGGAAGAAGGCAGUGAGAGCGGUGCUAUGGGUCUCAGCAGACGGUCUCCGUGUAGUAGAUGACAAAACUAAGGACCUGAUCCUAGACCAGACAAUAGAGAAGGUAUCGUUCUGCGCUCCGGACAGGAACUUUGAGAGAGCGUUCUCCUACAUCUGUAGAGAUGGAACGACGAGACGCUGGAUCUGCCACUGCUUCAUGGCUAUCAAGGACUCGGGAGAGCGUCUGAGCCACUCGGUGGGCUGUGCCUUCGCUGCCUGUCUGGAGAGGAAACAGAAGAGAGAGAAGGAGUGUGGUGUCACAGCAACCUUCGACUCCAACAGAACCACCUUCACCAGGGAGGGCUCGUUCAGAGUUACCACGGCGACGGAAGCCGCGGAGCGAGAAGAGGUCAUGAGGCAGUUGCAGGACAAGAAAGCGGAGAGUGAUGUCAAGUCCGCAAUGCCUCUCUCCUCGGGUCCCAGUGUGGGUAUAGUGAACCAGGCUGUGGCCCCUCUACCAGGGUCCCCCUCCUCCUCCCCUCCCCUGGGCAUGGAGAGCACCCUGGGCCUCCAGGUUAUCCCCCGCAGACACGCCCCAGUGGAGGCCCUGGCCAGACAGGGUUCCUUCAGAGGGUUCCCUGCCCUCAACAACAACUCCUCUCCCUUCAAACGGCAGCUGUCCCUCAGGAUGAACGAUCUUCCCUCUACCAUGCAGAGGAAGUCUGACUUCCCCAUGAAGAACACAGUCCCGGAGAUGGAGGGAGAGGGGGACAGCAUCAGCUCGUUGUGUACCCAGAUCGCCUCAGCAUUCAGUGGGCCUCCUGAAGACCCCUUCUCCCAGGCCCCCAUGCCCCGACCAGCUUCCUCCCCACAGUCACCUGUAGCGCCCCCAGGGGCUCAGCCAGGUGACUGUGGGGAGGAAGCUGGUCGGGGCAUGGGGGCCUGGGAGAAGGGGUCUUCAGGAGGCCCACUGAAUGCUGAGGCGAUCUGGAUCCUCAAAAGGUUCUACAGCUGCACCAUCGAGAGCAUCCUGACCGGUUGCAUCACUGCCUGGUAUGGCAACCGCUCGGCAUCUGAUCGCAAGGCCCUACAGAGGGUAGUGCGAACGGCCCAGUACAUCACUGGGGCCAAGCUUCCUUUCAUCCAGGACCUCUAUAAUAGGCGGUAUCAGAGGAAAGACCAUAAAAUUGUCAGAGACUCACCUAUAGACGGUUUUCUCUACUACCGCACGGCAAGCGGUACCGGAGCACCAAGUCUCGGACCAAAAGGCUCCUCAACAGCUUCUACCCCCAAGCCAUAA